GUGGAGUCCGGAGUCCGGGCCAACGUUCUGAAGAUGGAACGUUGCGACAUGUCUCCUCUCGAGAUGCAGCAGCAAGAGGCUGCGCCCUCGGAGCUGGUAGGAAAGCGCUUUCUUUGCAUUCUCGGCGGUCUCAGCCAGGAGCUCCAACUCGGGCAAGUGUCUGAAUGGGACUGGAAGGCGGGCAUUAUCAGAGCCGUCUCCCACAAAGAUCCAUCGCACCCAAAUUUGCUGGUUUUUCUAGAAUUCGAUGAAAGCUGGUGUCGGUGGAUGAAACUCCAUGAUGAGGAGCUCAGGAUCUUCCUGAUUGAACAUCAGUUAGUCCUGGCUGACAGGAAAUCUCCGAGAGGAUCUGCAGAUGACGUGCAGUGGCCUGGACUGACAUUUAAAUGCUUGCUGGACAAAGUUGGUCUUGCAUCAGUGACUCCUGUGGAAUUUCUUGUAGACAAGUACCAAGUGUUUCUGCAAAACAAGGUCUCUCUUCAACCACUAAAGAUGACUAUGAAUUCCUGGGCAAAACCAUUCCAGGAUGAUGAGCUUUGUGCCAAAAUUAAGACGUGGUUCAUUAACAAACGUACCCAAGAACUGCUCCUCUAUGGUACUUGCAACUUGGCUGGCUAUAAAGUUAAGGUGUAUGACUUGAAAUCUGCUACUCAUUGGUGCCCAGCAAUAGUGACUCAUCACAAUUUAACAACCAGAUUAAUGCAGAUCAAAAGUGAACAGUUUUCAGAGAAGCAACUAGUUGAUCCAGCUCUGAUUCACAUGUCUUUCCUUCAUGAUGAAGAUAUUGAAGCAUUGGCCAAUGAUGGUAUGUUAAAUGGUGGUAAUUCCAAAAGAACAGAAUGCAUGAAACGAAAAUCUAUGGAAGGACAUGAUGACAGCAGAAUAAAAAGAACAAAGUGUGAUACGUUGGCUGAGAGCAAGAGCUGCAGGGCAGAGCAGAAUACUGAAGCAACCGAGCGAAGUGAAGAUCAGUGCAGUAACAAACAGUCACUCCACUCUGAUCCCGGAAAAUUAACAGGACAGGAUAAUGUGCAAAUGCAGCAGUUCAUAGAAUCCAGAACCUGCCAUCUGAACAGACUACUUACAAAGGAGGGCAUGGAAAAUGUGAAAAGUGCAGAUCCUCAAAAGCCAAAGUCUUUGUUUGGGUUUGAUGGCAGCUGGAAUAGUUUUAAUCUCAUUUUUUCAACUCGGGCGACUGACAACGGAAGAACGGUGGUGGUCGAGGAUAAACUCCAGCCAGGGACUGAACCUCUAGCACCCCAUCGAGACUCUGCUCCAUCACUGAAAGCUCAGCGUUCUUUGCAGUUAAACAAAGGAACAGCUAAUUGCUCUUCUGAAGCUUCACGAACGAUCCGGGCAGCUCAGUUUGUUCACUCCAGUUUGGGUGACGUGUUGCUGGGCAGUGCUGCUACAACGCCUGAAAGGAAAGAUUUGAGACAGACUACUCCUCCGCCUGCGAAUUCUCCCCCAGCCAUCACUGCAGUGGUGCCCCAAGGGAUGGUGGAAGUGUUGAGUGAAAGGCAGAGUCCUCCAGUAAGUAGCAGCUACACUAACUCCAUCUCUUCAGAAUCCGGGCUGUCAAAGCUAUUCUUGGGUGGUCAGAAUAAAUCUCCUUCACCAGGACACCAUUCAGACGCUGGUGUUUUUGACGAGAGCAGGCCACGGCCAGGGAUUUCCAGUAACCGCACCAUGGCAUGUCUUCCGUUGGGAACGUUAUUUCAGACUUGUGGAAACGGGCAGCCAGAGAAGUGUGAGAAAGAGAAAUCUCUCCAUCAGGAGAAGGUGACAAACAUUCUGAUGACUGAUCCUUCUAAACGUGAGACUUCACUUCCUGUGAAGGGAGAUGCAGCAGUUGGUAUUCAGAAUAAUUCGUCACAAACGUUUAACCCGACUGGUGGUUUUGCACUGAGCAAAUGUAGUCAGCAAGCUGCCCUACCUUCAGAUCUUUCUGAACACACAGAAUCAAACGGUGCCAAAGCUUUACUGGUGAAUUCCCGACUCUGUGUUGACGGAAGUGAAAGCGACACAGAAAGUACGACAAGUGACUUAAGCUGUUCAUCAGGACUGAGUUCCGACCUAGGAUUUGAGCCCUCGACCCCACAGGGUUUGAGGAACUCAUCGUUCCACAAGACCUGGUCUCCUAGUCCGAAACAGAGAAGGGAAAGAGGUGAGCUGCUGAGAAAUACUGUCUUCAAAGAAAGAAGAGGCAGAGUUGAUGCCUCCCAGUCUGUGCUGAAUGAUGCUCAGAAAGUCCGGGCUUUGCAGCAGAGCGGUGAGUCCUUUCUGCAAGACGGCUCCUGUAUUAAAGUUGCUCCUCACCUACACAAGUGCAGAGAAUGUCGUUUGUCCAGUUAUCACCGACGCAGAGAUGAAGCAGAUUCCAGUGUCUUCUGCAGGUUCUUCCACUUCAGGAAGUUGCAUUUUAACAAACAUGGAGUGCUUCGUGCAGGAGGAUUCCUCACUCCAAACCAGUGUGAUCCAGAAUCCUUACGCUUGUGGAUGCCCUCUGAUGCUAAUAUUGAGGGUUUGGACCUGGAUACCUCUAAGUAUAUUCUGGCUAAUAUUGGAGACCACUUCUGCCAAUUGGUCAUGUCUGAAAAAGAGGCGCUCAAGUUGGUGGAGCCUUGCAAAAGAAUUGCGUGGAAGCGUGCGGUCCGAGGAAUUCGGGAGAUGUGUGAUGCCUGCGAGACAACCCUCUUCAACAUCCACUGGGUAUGUCCCAAGUGUGGUUUUGGGGUGUGUCUUGACUGCUACAAGAUGAAGACCACCAAUCCACAGCAAGAUUACAAAGAGGAGAUGUUUGCUUGGUUGAGAUGUGCUAACGGCCACGUCCAUGAACCAGAGAAGCUGAUGCCGACGCAGAUUAUUCCUGGUUCAGCCCUGUAUCAGAUUGGAAACAUUGUACAUUCGACGAGGGGGAGAUGGGGCAUAAAAGCCAACUGUCCUUGUACUGUGAGAAAGAACAAGCCAUUGUUUAAGCCUCCUGUGACCAGUGAGGAAAAUCAGAAAGUAAAUAACAGUGUGGUUUCCAAUGACACUCCAACCUGUAAUAAACCACCAGCCUCUGAAUGCAAGUCCGUGCUGAGUGUGACGAACAGCAGCAGCAGUGCAGCUCCUGUCUCUUCUCCAUUGCUGAGAAAGGAAGAGAACUCUCCCUUCAAAUGGCUGAUGGGUAUUGGCGAUAUUAAAGGAAACCUAAAGCAGCCUUCGGUGAAUAAAGAGACGAAGCCUGUUGGCCUGUUUGACUCCUUCAGCACUUUGUCGAAGCCUUUGGCAUCGCUGCAAACAUUCAACAGCUUGUUAACACUCUCACCCAGUAGCUGCAACACAACCAGCUCAUUGAGAAAUCUCCUCUCCACUAGCUCAGGGAAGUCUGAUACAGGAUCCAGUACCACCUCCAACCUCCUUGAUGACAUCUUUGCCUCACUGGUGCAAAACAAACCCUCCAGAAAUGGAUCAACCGCAGCGAGCAAAACUGGUGAUACCCGAGAGUUCCACAAGGCUGCGCCUGGAAAAGUGCUGAUUUUUGGCUCUGACACCCCGCAUACCUGGUACUGCGGUGGCCGUUUGCUGUGCUUACAGGAUCCGAGCAACAAGAACAAUUGGAAUAUCUUCAGAGAGUGCUGGAAGCAAGGACAUCCGGUCAUUGUGUCUGGAGUUCACACAAAGUUACGUGAAGAACUCUGGAAGCCAGAAGCAUUUGGGGAAGAGUUUGGAGAGCAGGACGCUGACCUGAUUGAUUGCAGAACAAACACCAUUAUUGCUGGUGCGAAAAUCCGAGACUUCUGGGAUGGAUUCGAAGACCUUUCACGACGCCUUGCCACAAAAGAGAGGGAGCCUAUGGCUUUGAAGCUGAAGGAUUGGCCUCCAGGAGAGGAUUUCAGAGACAUGAUGCUCUCUAGAUUCAAUGACCUGAUGAAUAAUCUGCCCCUGCCUGAGUAUACCAAGAGAGAUGGCAAACUGAACCUGGCCUCCAGAUUGCCAGAUUUUUUUGUUAGACCUGAUUUAGGUCCAAAAAUGUAUAAUGCUUAUGGAUUAUUAUCGGCAGAGGAUAGAAAGUUUGGAACAACAAACCUUCACUUAGAUGUAUCAGAUGCUGCUAACGUUAUGGUGUAUGUAGGAAUCCCCAGUGGCCAGCCCAACCAUGAAGAGGAAAUCCUGAAGACCAUGGAGGAUGGUGAUGCAGACGAGUUAACAAUUAAACGCUUCACAGAGUCCAAUGAAAGGCCUGGUGCCUUGUGGCAUAUUUACUCAGCCAAAGAUGCAGAGAAGAUCCGAGACUUGCUGAGAAAGGUGGCAGAAGAGCAAGAUCAAGAAAACCCGCCAGACCACGAUCCCAUUCAUGACCAGAGCUGGUACCUGGACAGUACACUACGCAAGAGACUUUACCAUGAAUAUGGUGUCCAGGGUUGGGCCAUUGUGCAGUACCUCGGUGAUGUGGUUUUCAUCCCUGCUGGAGCUCCACACCAGGUGCACAACUUGUACAGUUGCAUCAAAGUGGCAGAGGACUUUGUUUCAACCGAGCAUGUCAAACACUGCUUCCGGCUUACACAAGAAUUUCGACACCUGUCUAACACACAUACAAACCACGAGGAUAAACUACAGGUGAAGAAUAUCAUCUACCAUGCUGUGAAGGAUGCUGUUUCAAUGUUGAAAGCUCAUGAGUCCAGCCUUCUCAAGAAUUCAGUCUGAAUCCCAGUUGAAAGCUGUGUUUUCCUGGAAAAUCUGCACUGUAACGUUAGUGGCACCAUCGUAAAGGAAAGAAUAAGCCCUGUCCAUGGAGGCAAACUGAUAUUUUUUUCAAUGAACUUUGACAGUAAAUGAGAAAAGGAACAUAACACAGAUCUCUACUUCAUCUUGUCUUAAUUUUGUACAAGUAAGAAAUGACAAUAGUCUGUACAAUUCUGUAUGUUUGUAGCCAGUAAAUUUUAGUUCCUUCUUUAUCUCUUUUCUUGGUUAAUACAAAAUAGAUUUUAUUCUACUUCCCACUAUUCAAUUUAUUCUCCUCUUUCCCAAAAAGAAAUUAAUGAGAUCCAUCUGUCUCAAGAAAUGCUUUAAAGUAAAAUGAGUUGCCUCAACAUCUGCAGAAACAGCAAAUAAUGGAGAGAACCCACACACAAUGUAGCUUUAUAAAUUAGUUGAGGAUGCCAUGGCCAGUGAUCCCAGCAAUCAGCAGCAUCUUAUUCCUGUAUGGAUCCUGUUUUGGAAGUCAAAUUUCCAUUUUCAACCAUUGGACACUGCUAAAAACUAACCAAAUCCUUUGUAAAUAUAUCCUCUUUUGCUGCUUCAGUCACAGCUGGAUGCUGCUCCUUUCAUAUCCGGUUAAUCAAUGACGCACAAAUUUCACCACAAAUACAUAGUUUGUGUAUUCUGAUAUCAAUAUCCCAGAUCUGAAUAUGCCUUUUUUUAUUAUUGUUUUACCAUGUCUUGUACUUCCACUUUGUGUAAAUAUUUUUGAGAUACUUUGGGUGGAAGCCCUUUUCUGAUUAAAUGUUGCUAAACCAUUUGAAAAAUCGGAUGGGUCUGGUCAGCCAAGAAUUAAAGAUAUACAGUAUUGGGAUUGUUUACUUGUGCAGUACAUGAGGGAUGUUCCACACAAUGCUAAUUAUAUAUACAUCAAUAAAGCAGAUAAGCUUAGCUUUUGAUUUGUGGGGAUGCCAUUUCACAUCAUAACACGUACAAAGCAAAGGAUUCGCCCAUUUUGAUGCGACUACUGAUUUUUUUUUUUGCCAAACUAUUCAAAGUUUAUUGCGAAAUAAGGUCAUUUCCUAGACGAGUAUUCUAAAUGAAGGUGGCACAUGUUGCCCUGUAUUUGUAAUGAGUAGGAUCUAAUGGUUGUUCUCCCAAAAUAAUACUGUGCAUUACACUAUAUAUAAGCAAAUUGCAUUGUUGGGGAAAUCAACACUGUAUGAAAGAGUUCUGUCUAUUUUCUCAAUUUACCUCAUAGUAAACCAAGGGUCCGAUUCUUCAGUUUGAAGCUGUAGUACUGAGUUGUUUUCAUCUUGACUUAAUUGAUUAUUAAAAAUACUAACUGGAAAGCAAUUUUUCUUUAGACUUAUAUACAACCAAUGUACCAACAAGCAAAAGUUUUUAGUUACCUUGAGCAUGGAAUUGUGGCUGGAAAGUUGAGAGAAUUCUUUGAGCUGCUUUUUAAAAAUUCUUAGAAUGCUUGACAUUUCCUUUAUCUUCUGUAUUAAGAAUUUUGGAUUACUCAGGACCCACACUUGAAUGUUUAAUGUAUCAUGUUGAUUUGUUUGUUUUGUACAUUUUUCUCUUGUAGCUUAAAUACCGUGUGACUGAAGUUUGAGAUCUGGAAGAU